AUGGCCACCCCUAGGCUGCCCUUUCUGUAUCCGAAUUUAAUGCGAACAGUACGAUCAUGCGCACCCAGCACAUACCGCUCACUGCGAAUUCCGUACAAAACCAAUCAUCGGUUCCAUACAAGCCGUCGGUGCGAGCGCGAUUCCUAUCAGAAGCGCUAUGGUCCAGCUGUCGAACCGAGUGCCACCUCCCCGCUGGGUCGAAAAGAGGGAUCCCCUGAUCAGGUUCAAGGUUCCCCGGAAGAUGGAAACGAGGUUUUGAAAUCAUCUGAGCAGGGGAAAGCCGCGCCGGAAGAAUCACAGCCGGAACCACCACGACAACCCGAGAAAGACACCGCAGAGACCGAUACCUCCGCAACGCCGGCUCUAGAUAAAUUGGAUGAACCAGAAACAAAGGACCAACACACCCCUCCUACAGACCGGGAACCGCAUGAGGAGAAGCCAACGGAGUCCGAGGGCGGCGAAAAGGAACAGGUCUCGGCUACUCCAUCGGCCCCUUCCGGAGGCUCGUCGGAAGAAGGUGCGGACACCUCUUCGUUCGCAAAGCAGACUCCCUUCGAUGAUGUCCUUCAUAUGCCCUCGCCGUCUGUCUACCUAACGCCAACCGGAGGACCCCCCGGGUCCGACAACCGCCCCCCACAUUUGUCCCCGGCACCUUAUGUGCACCAUUUCGAUACAUACUCGUUGGUUCAGGAUCUUACAAAAGGAGGGUUCAGCAAGGAUCAUUCGACUACUAUCAUGAAGGCCGUGCGGGCUAUCCUGCAGAAUAAUCUCGAUUUGGCCAGACAGUCCCUCACUUCCAAAUCCGACGUCGAGAACGAAGAAUAUCUGUUCAAAGCAGCUUGCUCCGAGCUCCAGUCGUCGCUUCAGACAGCCCGCAACUCGGAAAUACAGCAUCAGCGCUCGUCGCGUACGCAGAUCCAGCACGAAACGGAUAUCAUUUCGCAACGUCUCAGCCAGGAACUUGCUGGUCUGAGAGACGAUAUUAAGGGCAUGUUCAAUGAUCAUAAGAUGACUACACGGGAGCAACAGCGGCAUAUCGAUACCUCUGUUCAGGAGCUGAACUACAAAAUCACCGUGUCACUUAACAGUGAUGGAAAGAGCGAGAUCGAAGGUCUUCGAUGGAUUUUGACCAGGCGUGCCGCUUCGACGGUUGCUAUCUGUGCUUUCAUGAUCAUCGUCUUCUUGAAGUAUGCCUCCACUCGCAAGGGCCCGGAGCCCAAGCAAGUCAAGGAAGCAGAGAAGCCGGUCGUCACUAAAGAAGCUGUCAUUGAAACACGAUCGACCCAAGAUGCUGCCAUCCAAGCAGACAUUCCUCCUGAAGCGCAUCUUGGAGAAUCGCUUGGUUAG